CCGGAGCCGUUUCCGACCGAGUUCAUCUGGAACUCGACUGGAGAGUUGUGUCUGACAUCGAGCUGGAAUCCCUCAGCCUGUCUGGAUAGCCUGCUGUGGUGGAGGAAUUCAGUGGUGUCACCCCUCCGGGGGCCAGUGGAGAGUUCAUGAUGGAGGAGUCUUCUGUCGCCGAUGAACCGGUCAUCACAAAAACUAUCGCCCGAGGGGAGAGUCGGCACUCGACGCGACGGGUCGGCGACUUCGGCAGACAGCGCUCACACCCAGGAGGAGGAGCAGUAAACCUGAUCUGUAUGACCAGCCAGAAGGUGACGCGCAAGGACUUCGGCUCGGAGGUGCGCGCCUCGCUGGACGUGUCGCUGUUCAUCAAGGAGGCGCAGCUGCUGCUCGACGUCGGCGAGAUGUCCGUGGAGGGCGUCGUCGACCAGAUGCUGCGCGCCAUGCUCGAGGGCGAGCCGAUGACGUCGCUGGCCGAGGCCAAGUCGGUCGUGUUCGUGCACGAUUCAGGUGAGUGA